AUGCAUCUUAUCAGCUCCCUCUCUCUCUUCCUCGCCUUUGCACUAUCUGCAUUGGCCAUGACCAUAACCUCUCCCAAGUCAACUAACCAGAAAGUCGACUUCAGCAAGCCGUUCACAAUCCGCUGGACUACGGUUCCCUCCGACCCCAAGCAGUUCACCAUCACGCUGGUCAAUAUGGACGGGCACAACGUGGAUCAGGAUCUCGCUGUUGACGUUGAUGCAUCUGAGGAGGAGUACACCAUUGAUAAAAUCGAGGAUAUUCCUAUCGCAAACAACUACCAAAUCAACUUCCGCUCCACCGAGAAGAACAACAUGGGUAUUUUGGCUCAAAGCCCCAGGUUCAACGUGACUAAGGUCGCGGAGGAUGAGGAGACCGCCGAGCCCACUGCCAACGCCACCAGAACACAAUCUAACAUGGCCCCGACAGAGACAGACGCGAAUGGAGCUGGACGUGCGAUGGGCGUCUUUUCCGGAUCUGUUGCCAUGGCGGGUGUAAUGGCGUUGGCUGUUUUCGCCUUGUGA